AUGGGGCUGUGCUACAGUUUGCGUCCCCGGCUCUUCGGGGACCUGAGCGGCUCUAUCUCCAACGCUACCUCGGACUCGGACCAGCCUCCGGACGCCGCCGUGCCGACCCGCGCCGGGGGAGCUCGCCAGGAGGACACCGGGGGAUGCGGGGAGACUUCGUCGCUACGCGGCGGUGGAGGCGGCGGCGGCGGCCUGGUGCGCCCCGGGGACCCUGCUGCCAGGCUCCCGGCCGGGGAGCACCGCCGUGGAGACACCGGCACCGACGGUGUGCUCAUACAGAACGGAGGCGGCGGAGGUGGAGGUGGAGGAGGCAGCGGGAAGGGGACGGGGAAGGACCGCGGCCGACGCUUACAGCUGCUGCAAAAGACCAGCACCCAAAAGCAGAAAAACUGGGACAAAUUACUGGUGGAGGAGAAAGAGGCCGAGAAGGAGGCGAAGAAAGUCAGUAAGAACAUUGACCGGGCGCUGAAGGAGCUGAAGCGGGAGUACAAGCAGACGCACCGGCUGCUGCUGCUCGGUGCGGGAGAGUCCGGAAAAAGCACCAUUGUGAAGCAGAUGAGGAUCCUACACGUCAACGGCUUCAACGCGGAAGAAAAGAAACAGAAAAUCCAAGAUAUUCGGAAAAACGUGAAGGAUGCCAUAGUGACUAUAGUGUCUGCGAUGAGCACUUUAAUACCCCCAGUCCCGCUAGCCAACCCAGAGGACCAAUUCAGAAUCGAAUACAUCAAAAGCAUAGCACCACUCUCUGACUUUGACUAUUCACAGGAGUUCUUCGAUCACGCAAAAAAGCUGUGGGACGACGAAGGAGUGAAAGCUUGCUUUGAGAGGUCCAAUGAAUACCAGCUCAUCGACUGCGCACAAUAUUUCCUGGACAGAAUUGACUCUGUAAGACAGAGCGACUACACACCAACGGACCAGGACCUGCUACGCUGCCGAGUGUUAACUUCAGGGAUUUUCGAGACGAGGUUCCAAGUAGAUAAAGUGAACUUUCACAUGUUUGAUGUUGGGGGCCAGAGAGAUGAAAGGAGAAAAUGGAUUCAGUGCUUUAACGACGUCACUGCUAUCAUCUUCGUGGUGGCCAGCAGCAGCUACAACAUGGUAAUAAGGGAAGACAAUAACACCAACAGGCUACGGGAAGCUCUGGACCUCUUCCGCAGUAUUUGGAACAACAGAUGGUUACGCACUAUAUCGGUCAUAUUGUUCCUGAACAAGCAGGACAUGCUGGCUGAGAAAGUAUUAGCUGGAAAAUCCAAAAUUGAAGACUACUUCCCUGAAUAUGCUCGCUACACCAUACCAAAUGAAGCAACUCCUGAACCUGGUGAAGACCCAAGAGUGACGAGAGCUAAGUUCUUCAUCCGAGACGAGUUUCUUCGGAUCAGCACUGCGAGCGGCGACGGCAGACACUACUGCUACCCCCACUUCACCUGCGCCGUGGACACAGAGAACAUCCGGCGGGUGUUCAACGACUGCCGGGACAUCAUCCAGAGAAUGCACCUGCGGCAGUACGAACUCUUGUGAUGGGAGACCGUCUCCGUCAGCCUUCUGUGUUUUUCUCCACCAUUCUGCAUCCCUGAUGAACCCUUCCUCCUCCUCCUCCUCCUCCUCCUCCUCUUCCUCCUUUACUCCUCAAUCCCCAAAAAGAAACCCUCAACAAGCCCCCCUGACCUCCCCUCCUGUCGAUGACUAUGAAGUACUACUGAAGUGUGUCAAAUCCUCUUUCUCUUUUUAACUUCUUAGCUUUUUGUACUUCUUUUUUUU